GGAAAACGGAAGUGCUCUUCUUCGACGCUUCAAAAGCGGGUAGAUGAGCUACAACGAUGCCCCCGUGUGGCCGAGGAAAUUCACCAAAACAUCAGGCCGCUUCAGAUGGCAGUAUAAUUUACAGCAGUCCACACAUGAACUGUUGACUCCUCCCCGCCAGCACGCAACCCUGGAUGCAGCCACACCUCCUCUUAUACUAACCUCCAGCAUCCCGUCAGGCUGGGCAGACGCACAGGGUCGCCACACACUGAGAGGACAGUGCUGUCCUGUGUGAGGACACUGAGAAGAAGAUUACCAAACAGAGGGAAGCCAGAGGGGCUUUUUGCCUGCACUGUGCCGGUCAGCUGCCGAGUCUCUUCUUCACAGGUCGUGUAUGAUGCGCUUGUCUGACGACAAGAAAUCAUCAGAAGAAGACAUGAGUUUGGGGGCAGCGUGCAUUUUCUUGCGAGGAGGGAAAAAUAUUACAAGACAACUGGCUGAUGAUGAGAUUGAUGAGCUGCGCGAUGCAUUCAAUGAGUUUGACAAAGAUAAGGACGGGCUGAUCAGCUGUAAGGACCUGGGGAACCUGAUGAGGACCAUGGGCUACAUGCCCACAGAGAUGGAGCUGAUCGAGUUGAGCCAGAACAUCAACAUGAACCUUGGUGGAAGAGUCGACUUUGAGGAUUUCGUAGAGCUCAUGACCCCGAAGCUUCUGGCAGAAACAGCUGGGAUGAUCGGCAUGAAGGAGCUUAAAGACGCCUUUAAAGAGUUUGACAUGGACGGAGAUGGAGAGAUCACAACGGAAGAGCUGCGGUCGGCCAUGACCAAGCUGAUGGGAGAGCACAUGAACCGGAGAGAGAUCGACGCCAUAGUCAAAGAAGCAGACGACAAUGGAGACGGAACGGUAGACUUUGAAGAGUUCGUCAGAAUGAUGUCAGUGCUGAGAAAAUUCCGGGCGCUCUCAGAGAGAACUUCACAGCUAUGCAAAGAUUGACAAUCAUGAGACCUUUUUUAAAGUGUAACAUUAUGGCACAGGGUGUGUGAACAAAUGGAUGUAUUGUUGGUUUUGGUUUGAUAAUAUUUGUUUCUUGUAUAUACAGGAAGUCACUUUGGAUUGCUUUGUUGAAUUGGAUUUUUUGAAAUGUAUGUAUCG